UCCAAUUAACGGACCACGUUCCUCUCUCUCUCUCUCUCUCUCUCUCUCUCUCUCUCUCUUUCUCUCUCUCUGUUGUGCGUGUGAAGUUUCAAAAACAAAGACAGUAGAAGCUAGCGACCGCGGGGCAGAACAGAGGCGUGCCUCCAUUUCUAAGCUAAAGCAACACAACAAGGAACCGUCUUAAAUGCUAACGUUCUUCCUGUUUUUUUCCCUCUGUUCUUCUCUCGAGUCACUCUCACCAGUUCUUACAAAUCUCGAGCGUUUGUGUUGAAAUGGGCAUUCAUUGUUCCCCUUCUCUCUCAGUCUAAGGCCAGUUUUUGCGUUUAUUGGUGAGACUCGGACGAAUUCGGAAAGAAAAAAGUUUCAAUUUUUCCCGGGAAAAGGAAAGAAAAUGGUGGGGGCAAACAACGGAAGAAUCCGGCCGGCGUUUCCGGCGCUGAACGGGUCGAGAGAUCUGACGCCGAGCAGUGUGGGAUCUGAAAAUGGCGCCGUUGAGUUCACCAGAGAAGACGUGGAGGCUCUUCUCAGUGAACGAAUCAAGUACAAGAGCAAGUUCGACUACAAGGAGAGGUGUGAGAAUAUGAUGGACUACAUUAAAAGGCUGAGACUUUGCAUUAGAUGGUUUCAAGAACUCGAGUUGGAUUAUGCUUUUGAGCAAGAGAAGUUGAGGAAUGCAUCGACGACGGCUGAGAAGCAUUGUGCUGAUAUGGAGUUAAGUUUAAGAAACAAGGAAGAGGAGCUGAAUAUUAUUGUUGAAGAACUGAGGAGGAAUUUUACCGCUGUUCAGGAGCGACUCACCAAAGAACAAUCAGAUAAGUUGGCCGCCAUUGAUUCUCUUGAAAAAGAGAAAGAAGCAAGAGUUGCUGUUGAGAAGGCGCAAGCUGCUCUAGCAGAAGAAUUAGGAAAAGCUCAAGGAGAUCUUCAGAUAGCUAAUCAGAGGAUUCAAUCCAUCAAUGAUAUGUAUAAACUGCUGCAAGAGUACAACUCAAGCUUGCAGCUGUAUAACAGCAAGCUCCAAGGUGAUCUUGAUGAAGCACAUGAAGCUAUAAAGCGAGGGGAGAAGGACCGAACUGUCAUUGUUGAAAGUAUCGGCAACUUGAAGGGUCAACAUAAAGCUUUGCAGGAUCAGCUUGCUGCUUCUAAGGCCUCUCAGGAAGAGAUUACGAAGCAAAAAGAAGAGUUGGUGAAUGAAGUUGCAGGUCUCAAGGUGGAAUUUCAGCACAUCAAAGAUGAGCGUGACUGCCGGAUAGUGGAAGUACAAAACCUGCAAGCCGAGGCAACUAAGUACAGUGACUUGAAAAACACCAUUAAUGAGCUUGAGACAAAGUAUUCAUCGCAAAACAGCCAGAUAAAAGAGUUGCAGGAUCAGUUAGCAGCUACCGAGAGGAGACUGCAGGUGUCGGAUUUAUCUGUCUUUGAGAAAAUGAAUGAGUAUGAGGGGCAAAAGGAAGUUGCGAAUGAGCUAAAAAGUCGCUUAGAAGAAGCAGAGCUUAAACUCAUCGAAGGGGAAAAACUACGCAAGAAGUUACACAAUACCAUACUGGAAUUGAAGGGCAACAUCCGGGUAUUCUGUAGGGUAAGACCUCUAUUACCCGGAGAGAGUUCUAGUGACGAGGGGAAAGCUAUUUCCUACCCGACGUCUUUAGAGGAACUUGGUCGGGGAGUUGAUUUAGUGCAAAAUGGGCAAAAUCACUCUUUCACAUUUGAUAAGGUUUUUGCACAUCGUGCAUCACAAGAGGAAGUCUUUGUAGAGAUAUCUCAACUCGUUCAGAGCGCUCUUGAUGGUUACAAGGUGUGUAUUUUCGCGUAUGGACAAACGGGAUCUGGAAAAACUUACACGAUGAUGGGAAAGCCGGGGAAUCCAGAGGAAAAAGGACUGAUACCACGAUGUUUGGAGCAAAUAUUUCAAACUAAGCAGUCUCUUCGAUCUCAGGGUUGGAAGUACGAGAUGCAGGUGUCGAUGUUGGAAAUAUACAAUGAAACAAUCCGGGAUCUCUUGUCAAAAAACAAGGAAGCAGCGCGAGCAGACAAUGGGAUUUCCCCGCAGAAGUAUUCUAUCAAACAUGAUGCCAAUGGCUGCACACAUGUAUCGGAUCUUAAUGUUUUAGACGUUAGAAGCACCCGAGAGGUUACAUUCCUCUUAGAUCACGCUGCUCGUAACAGAUCGGUGGGGAAGACCCAGAUGAAUGAGCAGUCAUCGAGAAGCCAUUUUGUUUUCACGCUAAGAAUCUCCGGUAUCAACGAGAACACAGAACAACAAGUACAAGGUGUCCUGAAUCUAAUUGAUCUUGCUGGCAGCGAGCGUCUCUCAAAGAGUGGAUCAACUGGGGACAGACUUAAAGAAACUCAAGCAAUCAACAGAAGCUUGUCAUCCUUGGGAGAUGUCAUAUUUGCAUUGGCGAAAAGAGAAGAUCAUGUACCGUUCAGAAACUCGAAGCUCACUUAUCUUCUUCAGCCCUGUCUAGGCGGCGACUCGAAGACGCUAAUGUUCGUGAACAUCUCACCUGAACCUUCCUCAACGGGCGAGUCUCUCUGCUCGCUUCGUUUCGCAUCAAGAGUGAACGCCUGCGAGAUCGGAACUCCUCGCCGUCAAACUAACCUCAGGCCUUUGGAUUAUCGCUUAAGCCUCGGAUGAUACUGGGGAGCCGAAAAGAUUGGUUUUUUUACUAAGUUAUGUUUGUACCCACUUGAUGAUGAGCCCUAACAGGAGAGUAGACAUGUUGUAAUCUGUAUAGCUGCCAGCUUGUUUCUAUCAUGAUCAGAACAUUAGGAGCGUCUAUGGAUGUCGGAUUCUGGGAUAUGUAUUUCUUCUUCUUAUAGUGAUUCUACUGUUCGAAUUUCUUUUUCUU